AUGUCGUCCAGAAUAGUAAUACGGGUAAGGGCAACGUCAGCAACGUUUGAAUCAAUGCACGACGGAGAUAAGCACCGGUACUGAUUCUGACUCCAUUUAAAAUCAGUGGGAUAGUUUCAAUUCCGCUGAGGGUUCUGAAAAAGGGAGUGAGUUUAUAUCUACACUACAAGCUGAAGUCAGAUAUCUACUGCUAUAUAUUCCCCAAAGAGUCCUGUCAACUGUUGGUUAAUGGGAGAUUCUCUGAAAGAGAGCUUGGAGAUUAGAGACCCCUGUAGGGGAGAGAGAGAGAGAGAGAAACUAAAGGUGUCUCCUCCUCCCAAGGUGGGACCAAGAAGGAGGAGCAGUGGCGUAGCGUGGGGGGUGCAGGGGGGGCCGGCCGCACCGGGCGCAACAUCUGGGGGCGCGCGCUCGCACUCGCAGUUCUCUGCCCCUACCUGGCUCACUCACUCUCUCUCACUGCAGUGCUGGCUGUGCGAAUCCGAUCCAAGCCGCCGGGUCGCCGCCCACUGUGGAGGGGGGGGUGCCAGGCGUGCGGUGCGGAGAGAGAGCGAGGGACUAUCUGGGGGAGGGACAGUGCAGCGGCCGCCCAGCGCAGCACUGAGCGCGGGAGAGAACCACAGCAGACCAGCCCAGGCAGCAGCAAGAAGAAGCUGGCAGCGGCAGCAGGUUAGGGGUUAGGGGGCGCAAAUUACUUGCCUUGCCCCGGGUGCUGACAACCCAUGCUACGCCGCUGAGGAGGAGGAAGUGGGAAGUGAGGUCAGCAACUCUGAGAGUAUCACAUCAGAAGGAAGGUAUACAGUCUACACAGUUGGGUCAGAAAGACAGUCUAGGAAAUUUGGUUCUUCUCCUUGUCCACUUUCUCCCCAUGCAAAUCCCAUCAGCCUAAAUACAGGAAAAGGAUUCCCUGGGGACAAGGAUGAUUGUGGAUUUAGGAUCAGAUUUUUAACUGUGAUGGCAAUUGAAUGAAGGCCUGUCUUUUGUAUUUCACACUCAUUAUCAAACCAUUUUUGUCUCUGACAGUGCAAUCCUAUACAUUUCUAUUCACAGGUAAGCCCCACUGAGUUCAGUGGUACUUACUCCCAGGUAAGUGUGUAUAAGGAUUGCAGCCUGAAAGUCGAGGCUGCUCCUCACUUGUUAAGGCUUGGAGGAGAGAGCAAAGAAGGGUUGGCGAGGACCAACAUCUCAUAAACCAGACUUGACACACAGCUCUUUUCUGCCCCUUUCCUUGCAGACUUUGGACGGUUUCAUAUUUGUGGUAGCUCCGGACGGCAAGAUCAUGUACAUCUCCGAAACCGCCUCUGUUCAUUUGGGUUUGUCGCAGGUAUGCUAUGAAUGUGCAGGCAUGCACAGGAUCCAGGCAAAGAGGGAGGGGGAGCCAGUUUGAUGAGCAACGUUCAAGGCCAGGAACCUCACAUGCAAGACCUGAACACUUCACCUCCACUGCUUUUGGCGAGCAAGGCAGGUGAAGCCAAGCCUGUUUGCUUGUGCAAAUCCUAGCCCCAUUUACUAGUCCGUCCCAUUCAUUUGGAGGAGUGUUUUUUAAGCACAUCCUUUCAAACUCAGUAAGAUGUACUUCUGAGUAAACAUGCACAGGGUGGUGCUUUCAAGUUCCAUUGACGAUGACUUCAGUGCAAUCCUAACAGCCUGAUCCUAAAUGUACUUAUUAAUUAAAUUUGUAUACCACCCUUCAUCCACAGAUCUCAGGGUGAUGUACUUUUUGGGAAGCCUCACUGGGUUCAGUGGCACUUUGCUGCAGAGGAACAUGAACAGGACUGGAGCUUAGCAAACAUUUCCGUUGUGCUGGAAGUCCAUUCCAUUAAACUCUCACAUAGUGUUUAAUUGAAUAGACCUGGGACAUGCUGACACUCAGUGGCAUAGUGUGGGUUGCCAGCACCCAGGGCCAUGAGGAGGGGUGGGUGGGAGGGAAAUGGAUGGAGUACGCAUGCACAUUCAACUGUUUAACUGUGUCCAGGAGUUUGCAGCCACAGAGAUUAGAAGAGUUGUUCAGUCGUCUGGAGAAGUCACUUCCUGGUUCACAUGGAGAAGCCGUUGCCAGUGGAGCCUAGCAGAAGAAGCAUGCAACUAUACUGAGGCAGCACCGGGUGUUGAAAUUUUACAUCCUUAACAAUUUUGUGCCUGGGGCAACUGCUCUUGUGGCCCCCCAUGCUAUGCUAAUGCUAUGCUGGCACGCCCAUAGUACAAUUCCAGAAAUCUCUGUCCAGAAGAUUGGCUGAGCUCCUGUGCAAGAUGAAUUCUGUGAUGACAAGGAGGUGAAGCGUUGACCCAUCUUGCAUCCUGGGCUCCUUCAAGAGAAAGAGUGGGAUAUACAUUCAAUUAACAAUAUUUCCCUUUACAGCUCAGGCAAAGCUUCACCUGUUGAAUUUCUAGUCACAUUUAAAGGCACAGCAAACCUGCUGAAGAUUGGCAACCAUGCCUAUUACCUGCUGCCAGUCUUGUGCAUGUUUACUCAGAAAUAAGUUUUCCUUCAGUGGGGGUGUGCUCAGCCUUAGGUCCAAGGCUGGAUGUGGAAUCUUUGGCCGCCCAAGAGUUGCUGAACUCCAGCUCCCAUCAUCCCUGUCCAAUGGCCAUGCUGGUUGGGGCUGAUGGGAACUGGAGUCCAACAACGUCUGGACAGGACCACCCCAUUAUUGGUUUAAGGUAUCCAAUUGCUUGGUGCAGAUGCCAUUUUGCAACUGAACCUGAACUGUCCAUCUAAUUUGAAGGAGCCUUGUUCCUUUUCAUGGUGUGAAUUGACGUCCUUCGUGGGUGCUUCAGAUUCCAGACCAGAACCCGAAAAGAGAAGAGGCUCAAUUCCGUCGAGUGGCUUAAGGGGCUGAAGGUGGCUGAGAUCACCCUGGGCAUAGAAUGGGGACACGUUGCGUCGUCAUCGAUGGAAAGAAAGAUAUAGCAGGGGGUUGAACACUAAAUGACCCAUUGGGUUCCUUCCAACUCUACAAUUCUAUUGUUUUCUUUCCCCUGCCCCCGAUGACUCCCUCUUGCAGGUUGAGCUGACAGGCAACAGCAUUUACGAGUACAUCCACCCAGCCGACCACGACGAGAUGACGGCCGUCCUCACCGCCCACCAGCCGUACCAUUCCCAUUUCGUUCAGGGUAAAGUUCACCGAGUAAAGCAGCGGGUGGGAAGGAAGGCAGUGGCCGGCGGCAGAGAGCAGCCUCUUCCCUGACAUGCGCAUUGUGCCCCCUUGUUUACUAGAGUACGAGAUCGAGCGCUCCUUCUUCCUAAGGAUGAAAUGCGUCUUGGCCAAGAGGAACGCCGGGCUGACUUGCGGAGGCUACAAGGUAGGUGGGCUUACGAGCGCCAACUAGCGGCAGAGCGAAGAACUGUUUGCGCCCGGACUUGAGUACAAAGACAAGGGUGCUUUGAAACCUUCACUGAUAGGAAUACAGUAAUCGGGAGCAGUUGGAGCUGUGUAGCGCUGCAUGUUUCCACCUCGAUUUGAAGCGCAUUUACUUGGCAGCCAGUCCCACCCGUUUCCCUGGGACUUGAUCCCAGUGAAGGCUGAGAUUCCUUGCGUACUUGUUUGGGAGAAAGCCCCACGCAGCGGGACUCACCUCUGGGUAAACAGGCAUAGGAUUAUUCCGUGAGCCAGCAAUCCUCUGCAUAUUUGGGAGUAAGACCCUCAAAAUCCCAGUAAUUGCUUUCGGUAAGACUUAAAGUCUGUGCAAAUCCUCUGCAUAGAGAAAAUAAGGCUAGAAACGGCAGAAGGGGAGAGUGCUCUUGUGCGCGGGCCCUGCUUGCAAGUUUCCCACAGGCACCUAGGGGGCCACAGUGAGAACUGGAUGCUGGACCAGGUGGGUCACCGGCCUGAUCCAGCAGGCUCUUCUUAUGUAGUUAUGCUGACCAGCUUACUAUAGACUAAGUCCCUUGGAGGUCAAUGGUUGGAAUUUACUUCCAAGUAAAUGCACAUAGGCUCUCACUGUAAGUGUUCUGGGCCUGGAGAUUUUGGGGGGCUGUAGGGACGCGGGUGGCGCUGUGGGUUAAACCACAGAGCCUAGGACUUGCCGAUCAGAAGGUCAGUGGUUCGAAUCCCCGCGACGGGGUGAGCUCCCACUGCUCGGUCCCUGCUCCUGCCAACCUAGCAGUUCAAAAGCACCUCAAAGUGCAAGUAGAUAAAUUGGUACCGCUCCAGUGGGAAGGUAAAUAGCGUUUCCGUGCGCUGCUCUGGUUUGCCAGAAGCAGCUUAGUCAUGCUGGCCACAUGACCCAGAAGCUGUACGCUGGCUCCCUUGGCCAAUAAAGCGAGAUGAGCACCGCAACCCCAGAGUCGGUCACAACUGGACCUAAUGGUCAGGGGUCGCUUUACCUUUAAGCUCCAGUGAGGUCAAUGGCACUUACUCCCAACUAAGUUGCCAAAGUCCAGGCUAGUGCUGUCAGUGGAAGGCAUUUCAGAGUAAACAUAUUUAGGAUCUGGUUGUUGGCUUGCUUCAGGUCUAAACCACUGAGCCUCUUGGGCUUGCUGAUAGGAAGGUCGCGGUUUGAAUCCAGGCAACGGGGUGAGCUCCCGUUGCUCUGCCCCAGCUCCUGCUAACCUAGCAGUUUGAAAGCACGCUUGUGCAAGUAGAUAAAUAGGUACCACUGCAGCAGGAAGGUAAAUGGUGUUUCGGUGCGCUCUGACUUCCAUCACUAGAAGUGGUUUAGUCAUGCUGGCUACAUGACCCGGAAAGAUGACUGUGGACAAACGUCAGCUCCCUCGGCCUGAAAGCAAGAUGAGCGCUGCAACCCAAAGUCACCUUUGACUAGACUUAACUGUGCAGGGGUCCUUUACCUUUUACCUUUACCUUACAUACUUUCAGUGGAGAAGUGAUACCUUCUGAAGUGCAGGCGCACUUCAUGAUAACUCCCCAUAGCCAUACCCCAGUUGACCAAUGAGGACAUUAUGGCUUCAGUUACCAUGCCAGCUUUUUAAAAUUCAGCCUCAGGAAGAGUUCAGGAGGACUCCACCGCUUGCUCACGAUGGCUUAACGUUUUGGUUGACCACAAAAAAGGGGCUUUGGAAUUUUCCAACAAAAAGGGUGCCAGUUUACCCUUUAGCCCCAUAUGCUGAUGUCACCUCUCUCUUCCUCUGCUUAGUGGAUGAGUUUCUCUCUGAAGAAAGCUUAUUUUACAGACAGAGGGUUGGCCAACAGCGUCCUAGGAGAUGACGCCAUCGCCCCUCCGGUGACAUCAGUGGUGGCGCUUCCUCCCUGCUCUCCUACAGACUUUUUUGUGUUGGCUUGCUGAAGUCUGCAAUCAUAUACAUGGCUUUCUAGGAACAAAUCCCAGUGAGCUUUCCCUCAAGUAGAUAUGCCUAAAAGGUAAAGGGACCCCUGACCAUGAGGUCCAGUCGUGGCCAACUCUGGGGUUGCAGUGCUCAUCUCGCUUUAUUGGCCGAGGAAGCCAGCGUACAGCUUCCGGGUCAUGUGGCCAGCAUGACUAAGCCACUUCUGGUGAACCAGAGCAGCGCACAGAAACGCUGUUUACCUUCCCGCCGGAGCAGUACCUAUUUAUCUACUUGCACUUUGAGGUGCUUUCAAAUGUUAGGUUGGCAGGAGCAGGGACCGAGCAACGGGAGCUCACCCCGUUGUGGGGAUUCGAACCGCUGACCUUCUGAUUGGCAAGCCCUAGGCUCUGUGGUUUAACCCCCUAGGGAGGCACUUUAAGAGACCUCAGAGUGCCCGCCUGUCAUAACGCAGCAGCUUACCUUGUUGAGCUGCAAUAUUCACUCCUGAGAGUAACCCCCACUGAAUUCAAUAGGAUUUACUUCUGAGUAGGCAUGGUUAGGAUUGCUAUUGCAGUGUUUUCCAAGAGCCUUGUGUUUUCUGGAAGAAAACUCCUUUAAUUUCGGGGCUAACUUAGUUUGGGGCAAGUCUGUAGAGCACUAAAUCACGUGCAUAAUAUUCGACUGCGGGGAAUUUAGUUGUGUGAAUAAUUUCGUAGUUUCCGAAGGAGGAAAGGCCUGUUUUCCGAUAUUUUACUUGCUUCCGGACUGUGCCUAAUUCUGUCGAGGACGCCUUUCUUGAGAGGCUUGAGAACUAACUGCCCCUCCGGCUGCAAGGUAGCCCACGUAAUUCAAAGGGAGGCUGCCAAGCAAUCGCCCUGAGACUCCGUCCUACUGACUCUCCAGUAAUUCCAAGUGUUUUGCCAGCCGAUCUAUAUCGGGCACACGCAGAGAGAUGUAGUAAUAGAUUUUGUCAUCGCAAAUAAACCACGCGACCAAGUUGGGUGAGAGAGUCAACAGUGCGUCUGUCUACUCAGAACUAAGUCCCACUGAGUUUGGUGGAGCUUACACCCAGGUAAGUGGGCAUAGGACUGCAGCCCCAGUGAACAAAUUCACUUCCUCGGAAACACGUGAAAGCGCGCACCCCAAUCCUAUGAAUAUUGACCUCUCGCCAGAGGCAAUUAAAGGGGGGGGAUCGCCCUGCACAGACCUCAAAAGCAAUACAUUUAAGUUUAGACUGUUCUCACGUUCUGCUGAGAGUCAAUAGGUGUAGAUAAUAAGCCUCGUAAUUGCGGGUUGGUUGGAGGAUGCAGGCACCCCACUUGGUCACAGAGGAAGAUGAGUGGCAGGUGAACGUCACCUGGUUUCAUUCGGAUGACUGAGAGGGAGUAGCGCGUUGAUCCAGAAGAAGAAAGAAAAGAUCAUUCGGAGGCUGGCACGCUCCUUACGACCAACUAAAUGGGGGCCCGGAAAAGCGGCCUGCAAAUAGACACAAGAGAGCGUGCAAGCUUAUUUCCCUGAGAAGCAUCGGUUGUAAACUGAUAAACAAAGUCCUGCCUGGCCGCCGUGGCCCCUUCAGGCGCGCAAAAUCAACCCUUGGCGCUGUAGUCCCAACCAGACGAUUAACAGGGACCGAAAAGGAGGGGAGGGGAGACCAACCGCGCGAUCCUCUGCGCGUUUACUACAUUGAGGCACACCCGUGGUGUCGAGUGGGGCUCCCACACUCCCUCUUUCGCGGGUUUACUGUUUGACAGUCUCCGUCCCGGAGAGUUUUCUGUUUGCGCGCGAGCUGUUUCGCAGAUCGCUGACCACGAAGGGCAACCCGAACAGCCCUCUCGACUUGAGCGGAUCUCUGUGUCUCCCCAACAGGUCAUUCACUGCAGCGGCUACCUGAAGAUCCGCCAGUACAGCCUGGACAUGUCUCCCUUCGACGGCUGCUACCAAAACGUCGGCCUGGUGGCGGUCGGCCAUUCCCUGCCCCCCAGCGCCGUGACGGAGAUCAAGCUGCACAGCAAUAUGUUCAUGUUCCGGGCCAGCCUGGAUAUGAAGCUCAUUUUCCUCGAUUCCCGGUAGGUCGGCGUCGGGGCUUCCUCUUCCCUCGCCCUAGCAGCACCGACGUGCCAAAUCAAAGCAACCGACCGGCUUUCUCUCUCUCUUUCUCUGUCUCUCUCUCUUUCCUGGCAGGGUAGCCGAGCUGACCGGUUACGAGCCUCAGGACCUGAUCGAGAAGACGCUUUACCACCACGUCCACGGCUGCGACACUUUCCAUUUGCGCUGCGCUCAUCACCUGCGUAAGGAGCCUCUCCUCUUAGCACGCUUGAAGCCCCUCGCCUAGGCAGGUCGCGCUGAGUUCCCUGGGCCUUACUCCCAAGUCAAAGUGGGCUGGCUGGUGGGCUGUCUUACUUGGGUAUUUCCACGUAGCUGCGUGCGAUCCUAAUCAGGCUUGAUGGAAGUCGUGCUGCGUUCAUGGGGACAAGCAUGCAUAGGAUUGCGGUAGCUGCUGGGAGCCGGGCGAAAGAAAGAGUAGGCAGCACGAUUGAAACAUUUCCCCAAAGCACCAUUCCAUCGAAAUAAGACCCCAGGGAGAAAGUCUCCAACACAAAGCAAAUUUGUCUCCACCGCAGCCCUUUAACCAUAAGCCAGGCAUAGGCAAACUCGGCCCUCCAGAUGAUUUGGGACUACAACUCCCAUCACCCCCAGCUAACAGGACCAGUGGUCAGGGAUGAUGGGAAUUGUAGUUCCAAAACAUCUGGAGGGCCGAGUUUGCCUAUGCCUGCCUUAAGCACACGAGGGGACAGGUUGCACUCCACUUGACAAAAGAGUAUCAUUCAUAGUUUGAAGGGAUGAUGUGUUUGGGAUUAGGGGUUGAGAUUCCAGCUGAGUCCAAGAGGACCAGGGUUCCUGCACCUCGUCAUCGUCUUGCAGAAAUUGGGGGUUCUGCCUUGCAAACCAUACCUGUUGAAAGCCCCUCUCCUGCACUGUGAUGGUAAGGCACAGGGGCCCUGGUCCUCUUUUGCAUUGGUCACCCCAUCACUAUGGCAAAAAGAAAGUGCUCGAUUAUACUGAAAGCUAAAGGAAUAGAUGUGCUUCAUGGAUAAUCAACUUGACUUUUGUGUAGGAGGGGGCGGGGAUGUGUAGAUGAGUUUUCCCAUGUCAUUCCUUAACUCCAAAAUAAUCUCAGGCCUAUUAAGGUAAUAAGAGACCCAACUCCACCCCUCUAGGUUUAUUUUUAGAAAGCAACAAAGGAUAUGCACUUCCCUCAUGCCUUCUGCUGAACUGCUUUAUGAUGUGUUAAUGGUGGGUGAUGGAAUAGAUUUGGCUUGAAGAAAUGACAUGGUUUGAGAAAGGGCUGUGAGAAAUCGCCUCUCAAGCCUGGCAUGAGUAGGAAUGCAACUUCUUAACAGAAGAACACUUUGGGUUUAGUCUUCAAAUCAAUGACAAUUUUUAAAAUUUUUGUUAAGUGAUUUUGAUGGGAAAUCCAUACUACCUCCUUGCCAACCUUUAAUUUUGGGUUCUCUCUUUUGGUGUGUUGGUCCCUGAUUCUAAUUAUAUUUACAAGGGUGUGAAUCCUAUAAGGUUCGUUUUAAUUUAGGGCAGGGCUUCAAAGAAUCAUCUGAUGUUAGUGGCUUGGAAUGCACUUUUCCAGAGCAGAUCCUCAUCACUGCUUAAACCGGCUUGCUGCUUGGUUUGCUCUUUCCUAGCUCUGUGCUUGUAACUGUAAUACAUACCACAAUUGUGAUAGAGACAGAAAUUCAGCUGGCGAAAGGUAUUCUGUAACUACAUCUUCCUGCUGGGGAAAGUGGGUACUGUUAAAGCUGGGUAAUGUCUUUCCAAAAAACAAAGGGUUAGGCCUAGCUGCUACUGCAGACUUCAGACUAAAUAGAAGUGAUCGCAAAAUUGUUCUUAAGUUGGAGAGACAGCACAGGAAGGACUGGGGUUUUGUGUCACUUUAACAGCACAAUCCUACACGUUUCCACAAAGAAGGGAAUCCAGCUGAGUUCAGUGAGGUUUUCUCCCAGGUAAGUGGGCAUAGAAUGCAGUUUAAUGGUGCAAUCCUAUGCCCUUUUCUAGACACACACAACUCCCAGUUUGGGAGAGGUGAUGAAAGGGGAUUGGUUUAUGACAGUUCAGUGGACAUAAAUUUAUCUUUGGCUUGUUGUAGACGGGGUGGCAGGGGUGUGGCUGGUACAGCAUUAGAACCUUCUAGAUCUUCCCGUGGCAUGCCCCUGAGCUGCCCUGCCCUGCAGCGUUAGGGGAUUAAAGAUCUGAUAGGGGAUCAUCCUCUCUGAGGAGGUCUGAUGUAUUCUAUUACCUCUGACCAUAUGAAUGCCACAUAAAAGUCUUAACUCCAAUUAAUCCAGGUUGUUUUGGUUUGCGGUCCACAGCUUUUGGGACCCAUCCUAAUUAAAUCUAUAAGUCUAUAGCUUUAAAUGUGUGUUGCACUUUUAAUUGCUGCCAUUCUGCAUGCACUGACUUGAAAGCGCUGCUGAAAACAAUGAGACAUUUAAGUAAACAUGGUAAAGACAGGCUUGCAAAACAUUUUGUUAAUUUUGAGUCUCAGAUUUUGAGUGUUCAGUCUAAAUUCUAAUAUAUUUAACAAAAUUUGGGACAAGGGUGAGCUCUCAAUAUCUGCAUUACAAAGACAGUGUCAAAUUUGUUAAUUAAAGUUUUUUAAUUCAUAGUUAGGAAGCUUUACAGUACAAUCUUUUAUGACUGCUCAGAAGUAAUUCCCAUUAAGUUCAGUGGGUCUUACUCCCAGGUAAGUGUGUAUAGAACUGUACCUCAGUCUGUUUUCAGAAUUGCUAUGUUGAUGUUUGACAGAGAAGGAGGUCAUGACAGCUGAACUCUUUAGUAGUGUAGACACUACAAAGCCUUUAGUCUCUCUCAUGGCUGCCAGGAAAAGGCAUUUUCACUAGAGACCAUAAGAAUGCCUUUUAAUCUAACUGCUGACACUUGUGAACUCCUGUAACAUAAUAAUCACAUGCCAGAGACUCAUUUUAAAUUUGAUUGACACCCUGGCUGGGAAGUAGACUGACUUUUGCUGUUAAUGAUUGAUUGUGCUUUUGAGUUGCCAUGCCCUUACAGUAGAGCAUUGCGUUUCUACCAUCUGCCACCACUUUGGUCAGAAUUGUAAUGGGAAGUGCGGCUUCUUUCAAAAUAGGUGGAGGACAACAACUCCCACCAUCCUUGGCCAUGCUGGCUGGAGCUGAUGGGAGGUUGAGUCCAACAACUUAUGGAGGACUACAGUGUAAGUCGAUGUGGUGGUCUGGAGAGGUGCCACUCUUGAAAAGACAUAAUGUGCCCAAUGACCUUAAUGUACAUCAACAUGAAUAUAGAGGACUGGUAAAACCACAUUCUACUUCUUUGCUGAGAACACCGACAACAUCUCUCCGAGUUCACUUCUAAUUGGUCCCACUCAACGCUAUUCAACCUUGUUGAAGCUAAAGGAAAGUAGUUCUGGAUAAGAGACCACCCAGUUGCCCAGAGCUUUCUAAAAAGCAGGGCACAAGUUAAAUCACUGAAAUAUAAUAAAGAAAAUGGUGCCCUUGUAGAGAUUUGUUAGAGUUCCUCUUUGAAGGUAAAACAGAAAUGGAGUAACUGCUCAUUAAAUAACCAGCCCUUCUAUUUCUUUUUCAGUGCUAGUGAAAGGUCAAGUUACCACAAAAUACUAUCGCUUCUUGGCCAAGCAAGGUGGCUGGGUCUGGGUACAGAGCUACGCCACCAUUGUCCACAACAGCCGAUCUUCACGGCCUCAUUGCAUCGUCAGCGUCAAUUACGUGCUCACGUAAGUACCAAAUCCCACGAGGUUUCUUGUUACUCCCCAGCAGAGUGCCUGUGUCAACUCACAUGAACAUUGGGGCAUUGCACACCAAAGGUUUGCUAAUGCGCCAGUCCCAUGAGUCUUGGAGAAGGGCUGUUGGAGAAAAAUAAGUGCUUGAUGGAUUGCAUCAAAGGUGCUCUUCUUUUUAUUCUGCCUGUCAUGGAAGUGCUUUAAGUGGGGGUCAUAAAAAAAGGCAAAUAUUUCAGUCCUGCCAAGAAAACUCUCUUUGGCCCAGGGCUUGAGUUGACAAGGCCCAUCCUUCUCCAUGAGCUUGGUAGGAAUCCACAAAGUUCUUUCAUCUGCCUGAAAGCUUUUCCCUCCUGUCUUCUUCUGUUUCCCUAGAGGGGAAAGAACAAGAUUUAGGGCUUUGUCACCCCUUGAGUUUGCUCCUUCUCCAUCUUUUUACAGUUGAAGGGGCACCCUGCAUUAAAUAAAGUUUAAUGCAGCGUAAAAGAAAGGUUUCAACGUACGGAGUUAUUUAUACUUAACAAACAGGACAUCUGUUUUUCUUUUGCUCCCCAAAAGGGGGGGGGAACCUGGGAGUUUGAAGUUCUUAAUUUUAUCCAGAGUCUCUAUCAAAGCCCCAUGAUUUCUUUCUUGUUCAAAGGGAUGGAGACUUGCAUGGAACUAGGUGGGGUGACCAGAAGGGGUUCAGUUAGCAAACUAAUAAAAUAUAGGGGGGAAAGGGGGAGGAAGAGUAAUGAAAAUGUUGACUUUUGCCCUCACUCUUUAUCCCAUCAUUGUUAAUAUUUAGGCACUGCCAGAGGUAGAGGUCUACAUGGAUGGUAUUAGACAGCAUACUCAAGGUGACUCCCAUGUGAAUUUGUUACCUCUUAAUGCAGUGCACAGAGCAAUCCCUAGGUAUAUUAACUCAUAAGUACAUCCCACUGGGUUCAAUAGAUAAACACUCAUACAGGAGUGCAGACUUAGUUGCUUUCUGUUUUCAGGAGUAGAGUUGUUAAAGGGUAGUUAAGGGGAGAUUCUCUCCCACCAUCUGUAAUUUAUUUCUGGCUGUACUGGCUUACCUGUCAAUAAAGUCCCAUUGCUCUCAAUGGGACUCACUUCUGAACAGACAUGUCUAGGAUUGCUUUUAUGCAAGGUGACAUAGAAAGUACUAUGUGAUUUGGCUCACUUGUGUGAUGUUUUUAUGUUACAAAAAGGUAAAAGUAGCCAAGGUCCAUAUUAGAACAAGAAUACCUAUAUUAGGCCAACCCAAGUCAUGUGCUUUCAAUGAAGAGAGUGAGAGAGCCCAUAUAUUCAAAGCACACUGCUUUCCCCCAAAGAAUCUGGGGAACAAUAAUUUGCGUUUCACAGAGCUACAAUUCCCAGCACCCUUAAUGAACUUAAGAUUCUUGGGGGAAGCCAUGUGCUUUAGAUGUGUGGUGAGGAUGUAGCCAGGGAGAGAGAGAGAAAAGCUGGUAAUGCAAGAGACUGGAAGCCAGCAUAGAAAUCCAGUAAAAGCAGCCCUUUUGGUACCAUUGUGUUAAAUUUAAGGAAGUUGGUGGCAUUGCAGCACAAUCGAUAGAUAUGGAUCCAGAUGAGGGGAACAGUAUUUGAGGGGGGCACAGAAGAGGGGAAGUAUAUUUAUAGGGGAGGGAGAGCCUGUGAAAAGCACCUUUCCUUCAAGUGACUAUAGGGGUCUACCAAUGGGGAGCGUGGAACUGACUGUGUGUGUGGGGAGCACUUUCCCUCCAUUUUCCCUCUGGUCAGCCUAUGCCCCAAGGUGCACCCAGAGCUCAGCACUUCUUUUUGUCUCAACAACAUGCUUUGACCAUAAGGAAUCUGAAUAAUAACAUUUCUGUAAAAAAUUGUGGGUCAGUGAAUGUUUUGCCCACUCCUUUUUACACCCUCUCCCCACUAUUUUCCUUCCUUGUGCUGCCUUAGGUAUUGGUUCCAGUCUGCCUUGCUAAUUCUGAAUACUUAGAGAAUCUAGGUGUGGUAAUUAUUUUAGAUUACUUGAUUUGGAUUGUGUAUCCCCAGCCCACAGGCUUGCUAAUUGAGAAAGUUCAGGUGCUUCUUUUGUUGCUAAUAAUGUUGUCACUGCAGUGAUUAAAAAGCCACAUCCUGCGGCUGCUGAUGGAGUGAUCACAGUUGCUGGUUAUAGCGGUUUACCUGGCACAUCUGGUGGGCCAGUGGGCUGGCUUGUUUCUCGUUACUGCCAAUCAAGUAGAUUUUUUGCAUUGAUUCUCUUCUCUCUCCUUUGCUUUGACAGAAUUGCUUUGCUCUGUUUUGAAGAGGGGGGGCAUGGCCAGGAGAAGGAGUAAUAAGCAAGUGACCUUUGGUUCUACUGUAAAACCUUACGAACUUUCAAAUGAUCUAGGACAGUCUAGGACAGUCUCUGGCUGUGUUGGACUACAACUCCCACCAUCCCUAGCUAGCAGGACCAGUGGUCAGGGAUAAUGGGAAUUGUUGUCCGAAAACAGUUGAAGACCCAAGUUUGGGAAACACUGCUCUAGGAGAUCCCUAUUGCACAGGCUGCCUCAUUCCCAGGGAUGCCACAGGAUUUCCUGCUAAGGCAGUGUCUAUUCUUGCCAAGUAGAUUUGUUUAUAUGGAUCAUCAAAAAUCAUUGCUGUCAUUUGAACGGGAUUGAAGGUUGACUUGGAUGUGGGCUUUUGGUGCCCACCAGUUGUUGUUGGACAACAGCCCCCUUAGUCCAUGGGCAUUUGCUAUUCUGGCAGAAGCUGAUGAGAUUUUGGGCCCAACAACAUAGAGAGGGGGCCACAGGUUCCCCAACCCUGAUUUACAUGGUUGCAGUCUGGGAAGGAAACCCAAGGUUUCCCCAAAGCAUUUAUUUAUUUAGAGCACUUUUACCCCACUCUUAAAGAAACUUCCUAAACAGAUAUUAUUAUUAUUAUUAUUAUUAUUAUUAAUUUGUACCCCGCCCAUCUGGCUGGGUUUCCCCAGCCACUCUGGGCGGCUUCCACAGAAACAAAAAAUACACUAAAUUCACACAUUAAAAAGAUUACAAUCCCACCCUUGGGCUUUCAAUCUAAAGGACAGGACACAAUAGGAAAGUAGAUUGGGAGAGAAUAGGAAGAAAAAGCAAACCCAGGAAUAUAACAACAACAAUAAUUCUAUUAUUUAAUACCCCACUCAUUUGGCUGGAUUUCUCCUGCCAUUCAUUCUUACAAAGUUCUUUCAAGGGUCAGCUGGAAUUGAAACAGUGCAAGGAGAGGAGAAGCCAGCAGAUUCUAGUCUCUUGGCUUUUGGUCCAGCUUCCCACAUCUCCCUCUGCACCAGACUGUCAGUUGAUGGAGGAAGAGCCUUAUGGAGCUGCUAUCUUGUUAAGAGCUGACGGAGUGGUUCUGAUUUCCUUCUCCUGCCCUGCUGCAACUGGAUAGAAUGACAAUUGCUCAAUGGUGUCACUGGGGAGGAAAAGGCGGAUUGGACUGUACAAUGACUUAUCAAUAACUGAAUAUGACAGUCAGAAAACAAGGAGCUGACAUUUAAAAAUAUGCUACCUGUCAGGGAUGAUCAUAUGCUUUCACCUUUAGAGGGAAAUAUGGUGAUAAUGCUCUUCUCCCAGUUUGUUUUCUGAUGAUAGAAUGUGAUGGAACCCUGGGAACUGUUCAUUUAAAAGGAAUAACUGAAGGUAUUAUGUGUAAUCUAAAGAUAAACUUAUUUGGCUUUUCAAGUAAUGACAUACAAAACAAACCUUUUAGGAUGCUGGAAAGAUUUCACUGUAGAUUUUGUUGUUGUUUCCAAGUGCUUAAAACCUCCUUGGACUGUUAUGGGCUACACAGGGUCAAUAGGUGGGUACAAAAUAAACAUUUCUAUAAUUCUAGAGGCAAAAUUCUGCAAGUCAAGAGGCAAGUGUGGGCAGGGCAAUGGAUGUGACCUUUGUACAAUAGGUUUCAUUUCAGCCAUACAAAGCUGGCUGGUUGGUUUUUCUACACAUCCACAAUCUCUUCUUCUUCCUUCAGGCAAGCAAGACACUUGAUCACAUUUCAAGGACACAUUGGAGCCAGGCAAAAGGACUUGAGGAGGGUCCAGAGCAAGACUGGAGAUAUGUGUUGCUUGAGGGGGGAGGCCUGGGGAGCACACUGAGGGUUACAUAGAGAGGCCUGAGGUUAUCCUUAAAAUAACUGCCAGUGAAAGGGUUACUGAUUCAACAGGAAAGUGCCUUUGCUGAUAUUAGGAAUCUUAGGCUGCAUACACACCAUGUAUUCAAAGCAUACCCUCCCCAAGAAUCCUGGGAACUGUAGUUUUUUUAAGGAUGCUGGAAAUUGUAGCUGUGUGUGGGGAUAAACUACAGUUCCCAUAAUUCUUUUCUUCAUUUUUUUUGGACAAUGUGUGCUUUCAGUGUAUGUAUGGGGUGUACAUAGGCUUCAUUGGCAUCAGAUUAUCUUGCUUUGGCACCAUAGAUGAAGUACAUUGGACUGCCCAUUUAUGAUCUUAAGGAAGAGUCUGUUUUCUUGAAUUAUAGGUUUUGCAGUUUUAUAUCCCUCAUCCCUAACUUUCUCACUAGGAGCACACCAGAUGCUGACCCCUCAAAUUCCUUCUAUGAUUCCUCCCUCCACCUCUGCUACUGUUAGGUACACAAUAACAAUUGCAUUUAUAUAUUCAAAGUCCAAAUCUCACAUUUAUUUUACCAGUAGUUUAAAUAAGGGUGCUGAAUGUAUAUUUAGUCAAGCAUUACAGCACCCAGGGCUUAAGCAGAUUAGAAAUGAAUAAAUCCAAUUAAAGACCAUGUCUGUGAAAUUUGAUAGGUCACCAGCAUGAAUGAACUGUUUGCACAGUAACAAUAAAAACCCCAUUAAUGAUUAGCAACUUACAAGAGGUUUAAUCAAGGAUCAAAUAUAUAAGAUGUAAAAUAUUUAGAUUAAAAAGAGAGAAGAUUUUGAAUUCAUACCAAUAAAUAUAACUGUUUAAUGAUGUCUGUCUUUCUUUGGAUGGUCAUAUUGCUGUUAUGGGUCUUUUGCUGGUUACUCAUCAUCAUAAGCUGUAAUGAACCUCUGGGGUUGUCUGCCCAAGAUCUUGAAGUAUACAAGAACUAAUAGAUGUUUAUUCAGUUCUGUCUCAAAAACCUUCCAGGAAUGGAACCUACAGAUUCACUGGGAAUUAUUCUUACUAUUCACUGGGUUCCACUGUUCCUUGCACACAAACCAUGCACUUCCCAGCCACUUCUCAGCUAUGUAUCAAUGUCAAGGAACUGCAACUUAUUUUCCAUUUUCACUUAGGAACACUUUUAAAUGGGAAGAGCUGUAGCACAUGCAGGAAGUCCCAGGUUCCAUGCAUGGCAUCUCCAGAUAUGGGGUCUGAAACUGGCAUUUCAGUGUAUAAUCUGCCAAAUACAGCAGUAUUUAAGUUAAAUGUAAUUAUGAAGCAAACAGAGCUGGUUACGUUACAUUGAAGUCUUAGGUUGGUUAUAGAUUGGGCCAUGAAACCAAAAGAUCCAGCAGCAGCCUCCUGAGACAUAUUUGAGUUUCUGUGGAGUUAACCCCGUUGAAGUCAAUGGGACUGUGAACUGACCUAAAUCCUCAUGUUUUCAUUAGCUUCAACGAAGUUCCAUUUACAGAAAUAUUAACACAGUAGGUUUCUAUGCUGCUUCUUAGCUGAAGCUUCCAAACCAGCUCACAUCCUCAUGAAAUAAAAAGCGCAUUGUAACAAUACCAUCUCUUGAUUCUCUUUGCAUCAAGGCCAAAAGUGAAAUCUCCACUGGAAGGUUUAACUAUCAGCUGUGAUGGGAGCCCAGGUUAGCUCCAUGUCAAGUGCUUCCAAAAAUCUCAUACAGAAUGACUAGCCCAAGAUCAUUUGAGAUUCUUAUCGUAACAGAAUGAGAAAUUGAACUUGGAUCUUGUGAUGCUCAAUCCAACAGCACUCGUAUUAAUGGUCCCCCCUCCCAACAUGUAAAAAAGAUUGCCUUGAAGAUUGAGGUGAAAAUGUCUAGUCUGGGAAACAGCUGGGGGUCCCUAUUAACUUUGCAUGUAAUGGGGGAUGCUCUCCUACUGGUGUGUGAGGAUUUACAUUUCUGUGCUAUUAAUACAAAUAAGAGAUACUGUUUAUGCAUAAAUGCUUGGAUAUUAAAGUAGAAAUGCAAAGGUUGGCUUUGGGAAGAUGAAUUCUUAAAGGAAAGAUGGGAGGUGUUGAAAUUGGCUGUUUUAUCUCUCAACUAAUAGGCUUUCAGUGUAUUCUCUGCAGACAUGCUGCUAAAAAGCACCUAUGAAUGGGAAAUUAUGUAAUGGGAAAUUAUGCUAUAUAUAAAAAAACAACCAACACGCUAGCUUGCCCAGUGUUAACAUUGCAGGAUUCAGGGGCACCACCUUCUCCAAAGGAUUGAAGGGGCCCGUGUGUGAUGUCACACGGGGCCCUUCUGAACAUUGAGGAAGCCUGGUCCCUUAAAAAAAAGGGGGCGGCACAGUGCCUUGGCCCCCAAGAGCUGGCACCUUGGCAGGAUUACACCAAGUUAAAAGGGUAUUGUUUCAUCUGAAACAUUAAAUCAGGUUUCCCUCUUUAUAACUUUGGUGCCAAUUCAGGGUGAUGUUGAGGGGUUUUGUGGAACAAAAAGUUGGCUAACAUUUAAAUGCCUUUGUGAACUGUCUGAAGUGUCCUUUGGUAUGCUUCAUGUACCUUGGUGCCUGCCCAUACAAGGAGCCUAGAUUGAGAGAGUAGGGUAAUGUAAGCUGGUUCCAGGAAUCUUCUUUAUUGGGAGAUCGGGGGGGGGGGGGAGAGAGAUCUUUGAAAUUGUUUGGACCCUAGUUGAGAGCCAGGAGGCUCUUGAGCAGGGAGAUGUGUCAGAAGGAGAAGGAAUUGAUAUUGGUCUAUGUUUCUGAAUAAUUUAUAUUAAUGGGUUUCCAUAAUGUAUUUGUAACUACUGUUGUUUUUUGUUUUCUGCACACCACAUUAUUCUUAGAUAUCAUGUGGUAUAGAAAUGGUCUAAAUAAGUACCUACUACUUCUGAUUUGCUUGGAUAGCUCAGCUGGUUACAGCAUGGUGCUGAUAAUGCCAAGGCUGCAAGUUUGAUCCUCGUAUGGGACUGCUGCAUAAUCCUGGAUUGCAGAGGGGUGGGCUAGAUGAGCCUCAGGGUCCCUUCCAACUCUACAGUUCUAUGGAACAUCAGUUGGACUUGCAAAUCUCUCUUCUGAAGAAGCUAAGGCUGAAAUCACUGCAGCUUGCAGCAUCUCACCUAUCUACCCUCUCGCUUUCGAAAAAGAGCAUCUCUUUCUAUGUGUGUUUUCACAUUGCUUAUGCCUCUUCCCAUGUAUAUGUAACUUUAUAAUUGGCCUUUAAAGCGAGAUGAGCGCCGCAACCCCAGAGUUGGUCACGACUGGACCUAAUGGUAAGGGGUCCCUUUACCUUUUUAAUUAGCCUUUAUGUGUUUAAAUUUUCAGUUUGUCACGACAGUAUUGGCUUUUGUUAUUGUCACUUCCUGCCAGGGUUUUUGCUAGCUGAUUGGGCAGAGACAGCAAGUUAAACGGUCCUUUUUUUGCUUUUGGUGUAAAUUUAGUCGCCAGCCUGCAGUGUCUGUGUUUAUGGAAAGGCAGUAAAAUACACAAAAAGGCGGCGGCGGCGGGGGGGGGGGGAAUCUGCAGUGAUUGGUACAAUAACUCAGCUUCUCUCCUGAGAUCAAUCUAUUUCUUGAGCACAGUGAUUUAUUCCUCCUAGAGCCCACGGUUCAAUUUCUCUAACUGGGUGGCUCCAGGGUGAAGGAACUGGAGUUGGCAGAACAAGAGCCUCUUUUUCCAGGUGUAACAUUUGCCAGACUGCUGUGCAGCAGGCAAGUGGUAUUCAGAAAGGUUUUGCCUCUCCUGAAGUAGUCGAGUCCAUUCUACCACUUCCAAACUCAACUCAUUAAUUCUGCUGCAUGUGAAGCUACAGUGAGGCUAUAGAAUUUGCUGCUGUGGUGAUGGUUGGUUCCCACCCCUUUAGAAGGAGAUUAGACAAAUUAAUGGAGGAUAAGACUAUCAAUGGCUACUACCACCUCCAGAAUCAGAGGCACCAUGCCUUUGAUCAGUCUCUGAGAAACAGGCCUGUUGGCCUUGUGUCCUGCUUUUGGACUUCCUUUAAGCAUCUGGUUGACUACUUUAGGAAAGCAGGAUCCUGGAUUUUGGUCUGAUCCACCAGGGCUUGUCCUAUGUUCUUAAUGUAGGUUAUGAAGGUAAGCCAGGCCAUUGUACAAAACUUCCAUUAUGUCUCGACACCCAUUCCAUUGAAAUAAACACCAACGGACACAAGGCAGAAACCUGACAAAUGACCAGAAGCAUUUGUAUAUUGAGAUUGAUUGUACCUCAUCUGUCAAUCUCUAGACAAGCCAACUUUCCAAACCACCACAAUAGUUUAUAGUGCUCCGUGUAUUCCCAGUUAUAAAUAUUUUUGCAUGUGGUAUAAUAUAGACUAGACCUGUCACUUUUAUACUGGAGGUCUGGCUUUGCCCAGUUCCAGUUAAUGAGCCACUGUUCUUGGCUUGUUUAAAGUUAUGUAAUGAAUUAACUCUAAACUAAUGAGUUAUCCAUCAAAUGUGGAUUGUCUAUAUUGAGACCCACACUGCUGUCAUUUUAAUAUAUAUAGUGGCCUGCACCACAAACACUUCAGGUGGAUUUACUUAACUAGAGCAAAAUUUGGAGCAAACUUCAACACUUCUAGUUUUUUAAGGGAUUUCCCCCUCAGGUCUCAUGUGUAGAUUAUAAUAAAUGAAUCCUCUUGUUUGUCCUUUGAAAAGCCUCAGAAAUUUGGAUAUAUUCUUAGUGAUUGUGUACUCUUUGUCGUCUUAGACCAUUUUGUGACUAUGUACUGUUAUAAAUCUUUCCUUCCAAUGGAUGGUUUCAACUGUAUCUAUUUAUUGCCUUCAUUAAUGCUUGAUGCUCUUUGUUGUGCCAUCUGCAUUCAGUGACUCCUUAUUGACAUAUGGAGCACUGGGCAUGAAAUUUAACUAUGCUCAUCACUACAUUUGAAGAAUGCUCUGUAUGAAUGGACAGUCUCCACUGCUCAUGUGGAGCAUUCUCUUGUUCAGGGAAGACUGUUUGAUGUGUACCUUUGCUAUUCUCUAUUUUAUUUAUUCCUGAGCCGCUGCCUCCCCUUUCCACUUUUCUUCUGUAGUCUGGAAAGAGACUCACAUUUCCUACAGGUAUGUAUAUUUUAUGGGAUGAUUUCUUACAAAAGGGAUCAAGACACUGCAUAAAAUGAAAGCUAUACAAGUUGACCCCAAGUUGUCUUGGAUGGUAUUAAUUCCGCCUUAUUCCUUUUAUCCAGGGAUACAGAAUAUAAAGGACUACAGCUCUCAUUGGAUCAAGUUUCAGCAACAAAGCCAUCAUUCCCAUAUGCAAACUCAACACCAACAAUCACUGACAACAGAAAAGGAAGCAAGUCGCGUCUGCCGAGCACAAAGUCAAAAUCUAGGACAUCUCCAUAUCCACAGGUAUGAAUAACAUGAUUUUUUCAUUAUUAUGGUUGUGCUUCAUAUGUUUUAAAGAAGGUCUAACUCAAUAUAAGGGAGUUUCCUAUGCUCCCAUGUCUUGGAGAGACCCCAUCUGAAGCUCUGGAGAUCCAUUGUCAGUUGAGUGUAGACAGUAUCGAGCUAACUGGAUCAACAGGUCUGAUUUGGAGCAAGGCAGCUUCCCCUGCAACAUAUAUUCUAUGUUCAUGUGGAAAAUAAAUUAUCUAACUCUGGGGCCACAAGUGAAAAUAUUUUUCUUUGUGUCCCUGUCUGCUAAUCUUACUUUGUAAACCAUAUAUAUAUAUAUAUAUAUAUAUAUAUAUAUAUAUAUAAAUAAAUAAACAAACAAAUGUGUGUGGGGUGUGUGCGUGUUAGUGAUUAGGACAUAUGGAGGAAAUUCCAUCACAUCCUUGCAGCUCUCCUGCAGAAGAGAGCUUCUCUACUUAAUGGAGGCUGCCUGCAUGGUUUUGAACUCUAGUAGAUUAAAUGAUGAGGAAAAACUGAACAUAUGAGGUGCGAGCAGGUAGUGAGCAGAGAGUAUUAUGAAGGUCAGUGGGCAGGGCUAGCUCUUCCAUUAAGCUGAGUAAGGCGGCUGUCUCAGUGUUGGUGCAGAGAGUAGAGUUGGAGAGGUAGAUGUGCUUGGUUUAUUAUAUGAAAUGAAAGUGAUAGAAUACAUCAAUGCUGUUACAGACAGUAAAAUUUCAAUUUAAGCAGGCAACAAAUCCUACCAUACCUACAUACCUUGAUCUAAAGAAUGGAAGAAUCCCUACCUAUUCUCAAAAGCCUCAGAAGUGAGCUUGACAAUUGUGAGCAGGACUCACACUAAUAGUAAUUUAAGAAAUGCAGAGGAGGGGGAGAAAUAGCAUACCUGUCCUUAAGAGUGUGUGUGUUCCUUCCUUGUGAACACUGAUUGAAGGUCCUCGCUGGAGCUAGGAGAGCCAGCUGAUUUUUUGAAACCUGGGGGAUUUAUACCAUUUUGGUCAAGGUGUUCCAACAGAAAAGAGAGGAAGGCCUUCAGAUGAGCAAUUUCUACAAUUUCCAAUAGUUCUCCUGCCUUUUCCCCAGAGUUCCUGCCCAGCUUCACCUGGUCCAUAUUUCCAUAUUUCAGAUUAAGUGUUUGAAAGGAAAUCAUCCUGGUGGGGUGUGACUGAACUGAUUACCUUUGUCUGCUCACUGUCUUCAAAUUAUCAAAUUAUCAGGUGGUGAAUAAAGGUUACCAGAUGUCCCCGUUUCCCGGGGACAGUCCCUGGAUUUAUACAUCAGUCCCCAUACAAAAUCCAUUGAAGUUGAAAAGUGUCCCUGGAUUCAUUGAAAAAAAUCUGGUAACCUUAGAAUAGACUGUAUGGACUGGCAACUAAAUGUACAUGUGCUGACCUUUAUGCGAAGUGUGAGGAACUCAGAGUGUUUCCUGAAUGCCCUCAGGGCACGUUUUGAGAUCAAACUUGUACCAAGGUCACCAGAGUUCAUCAUGUCAUAUUAGAGCUAUGUCAGUUUUUUUACCUAUGCUAUGAUCGACAGUAAUAAACAACAGAAUAAGUACAGAUUGACACACACCUAUUCACAGUACAGCAGAAAUUGACAAGAGGUAUUAUUGAUAAUGAUCAUCUGAAUGUAAUCUUUCCUUAUAAUGACCAUAUAAUGAAAAGUACUCUUUCUAUAAUGGAAACACUUGGCCAGCAUCUGGUUUGACCUUUCAGGGGUUCUUCUGCAAUUCAUUUUUUAGCGCUGUUGGAGAAUUGUGUUUAAGCCACUGAUUGCAAUGUUAUUUGCAGCUGUUUAACUCCAAACCUAUUUACUGUACUAGCCUUGGCUGAUGAGUGUCAAUGAAAUAUUGCUAAGCUUUCAUGUGAUGAAUAUUGAUAUCUCCUCCAAAAGCUAACCAUCUCAUACUGCAGCCUGUUACUUUCAUUUAGAAACUUCUGUUUUGUUGAUUAAAAAGGACUGUAUAAAUAAUGGGUUGGAUCCAAUGGUGGCUUUGCAGAAAGGGCUUCUUACAUAAGUUAGGAUAUCUGUUUUGUUUGUUUGUUUGUUUUGUUUUGUUUUUGCCAAUCCCACCUCCACCACUCUCCAAAAUACACUUCCAAAGUCUGGGGAACAAAGAGUAGAAAGGAAUAAAAUAUGACAUGGCAGGGUAGCUGCAGUACUUGGGUGGUGUGUGAGGGGGUCAGAUUAGUGAUAAUCCCGUAUCCACUAAGGCAAAGGUGCCAUAAGAUACCACUCAACACAUUCAGCCCACCAGACUUCAUACCAAUAGACCCAUACAAAUCUUUUCCAACUCUGAAAAACACAAGGGAGAAUCUCUCCAUUUUCUAUUGCUAAAAGUAACCCCCAAACUGGCAUUGACUCACUAGCAGCAGAGGUUAGUUUAAUGGUUGUGCUGUGUUACUUUAAUCUAAGCCCUUUGCCAUCUGUUCUGCCUAUAACAGUGAAUGCAAAAUGAACAUACAUAAGAUUUCAGAGUUACAUUAGUAAAAAGCAAGAUAAAAGUGAUUUAAAAGCAUGCAUAUGUUCUCAGCACAGUGCAUACUGCAUCUGUGAUUCCCCCUCAAGUUUCAGGCACAAAUUAAGAAGAAAGUUGCAAAUGCCCAGUACUGCAGAAACCUUUGAUAGCAAAGGAGACUUUAUUGAGAAGGCUUUUCUCUCUCUCUUCCUUUGUAAGAGCAGUUGUGUUGCCCAGGAAUUGAAAUAAGAGUCACAUAGGUUGUAGCACACAUUUGACUUUGGGUGUGAAGCCUGGUUCUGUUGUCCUUGGCCAGACUGGCACUGAGACCUAUCAAGAUCCGAUGGGAAGGGUUUGUGUGCUGUUGCCCCAAGCCAGCCGGCAAGAAUGUGCUAGCGCUUAGCAGCUUAAUAAAGUUACAACCCGGCGCAUACUGAUGCAUGCUUAAGUUCCCCUGAAAUCUACCACGUGCAUUCUCAGUUUUCUCAGCCUCUCUUCUUAACCUAAGUGUUUUACAGCUUUGUAACUGGUAAGCCGAUCUGUUCCCCUGAAGCAGCUUGCAUUGUAAGAGCCUGAAAAUGUAAGCUUUGCAGCUCUUUCAACAAGAAAAGGAGGGAGUGGGGAGCUAGACUCUCGUAAAAUGUAUUGAUUUUCCUAUUUUGUCUCAGUAUUUAUAUAAAGCUUAGGUAAAAAGAGAGACCAUGAAAGACUUUACCUCCUUUUGGCUGCUGUCCAGAAACCACUUAGAGCCGACUCACAUGAUCUGCCCUUUCACUGCAUGGGGAUUUUUUGUAGCCACCUUGCCAGGGUGAUAUAUAAAGAACCUGAUAUAUAUGCUAUAAUGCAUAACUUAAUUUGAGCCAGGGCGCUCAGUUACAGAACCUGUUCUUAAUGCCAGGGAUUGAAAUCAUUAUUAUACAAGAUUUAUAUACUGCUUACUAGAACAAAAGAUCUCUAAGCAGCUUAUGGAAUACAGUCUAUAAUAUUUAUUUUAAAACACCAAUAAAAAAUAAACAUAGAAACAAACAAAAUAUUUAAAAAACUGGUAAUUCUAAAACACUUACGUUUGCUCAAAUUACAUUUCUGGGCCAUGGGCGUAGCCAGGAUUGGUGGAGAGUGGGGGCAGCCAAAGUUGUUGAACUUUACUGAGAAAAUCAGGUGUAAAACUACCCUGCAAAUAGGACAUUGCGGGGUUAGGCUUCUGCUGGGGAGGGGGCAGAACCUCUGAUAACUGAGUACUUUCAAAGCUUUUCAAUUAAUAUUUGUGGAUCUAGCCCCCCCUCCCCGCUUAUGCCCAUGACCUGGAUAGGGAUGACCUUGAAUGAUUUUUAGCCAGGUUGAGUAUUUUUGAGCAUACCUCUGCCCUGCUUUGUGAUAAAUGGUCUGGAGGGUAGGACUUGGAGAUUUGGACUGAACAUCAGGAAGAACUUUCUGACAGUAAGAGCUGUUCGACAGUGGAAUAGACUACCUCCGAGAUGGUGUACUUUCCUUCAUUGUAGGUUUUUAAGCAGCGGUUGGAUGGCCAUCUGUCUUGAAUGCUUUAGUUGAGAUUUCUGCAUCUCAGGGGGUUGGACCAGAUGACCCUAGGGGAUCCCUUCCAACUUUGCAAUUCUAUGAUUCCAAAAACCAUCAAAUAUCAUAUAUCUGAGACAAAACCUCCAAAUCAGGGGGCUGGAACAUACAAGCAGAGUUUCAAACCAGCUAUGAUUGGGAGCUCCCGGGCUUUAAAGUAGAAUCUAAUGACUGCUGUCUGGAGGAGCUGCUAUAGCAUAACAAAUGCAGGACAAAGAUAGAGCAGAACAUUUGUGGUAUAAUAAGCUAUGAGGUUUUAGCAGGAGGUUUUGGGGUAUGCACAAGUGUGGCCACCAGAGAACUUUUGCACUUGCAAACUGUAUUGAAAGCAAAAUCAACUUGAAUGAAAUAUUGGGUAAGCCCCACUCUGCAUAAUCAAUCACACAUGCCAUUUGAAUGGCAAUGCCCAUCAACUUUGGGGGGGGGUAGAUAUUGGCUCCUAUGCUGAGCGCCUUUGGUGUAAACAGCAGUCAGGUAGGCGGUGACUUCCAGCAGAAAACUGGCAAGGAGUUUCUGAUUCAGAUCAGAGCAUAUUCCAGAUUGGCAUAUUCAGAGCAUAUUCCAGAUUGGCUUUCCCCCAAAAUAAAUGUGGGUAAAGCACACUUAUUUAAACAUGAGAUCAAGGCUGGUGAAGUACAGCUUGCAUUAUACUUAAACAGUACUAUUAUUGCAACUUUCGUGUGCUUAAGCAACAGGGCAAAAACAUAAUGCAAGCUGUCCCUAAUAUGAAGCACUAUGGAUGCCUCUAGUAAUGCAUCCUUGGUCAAUGCUCACUCCCCCAUCUCCUGUCAUUCUGCUGGCACACUGGAUAAGCACACUGGAUGUCAACUCUUGUUCCAGGAACUGCCAGUCCCUCCUGCUGGAAGCUAUCAGUACAACAGGAAGGACUGGGCUGACUGGAGAUGGUCAGAAAUAGAUCAUAUGAACUCUCUGGUGCUCCUUUACUGCCAGUAGUCCUUUUAGUUCUGGAAAGUGGUGACUGAUUUCAGGAGCGACUCCAGGCCAAAUAAGCUCUUAGUGUUUGUCCCAAGUUUUAUCUUGUAAUUUGACUAGACAAGUCAUGUUAACAGCUGUAGAAGAGUUGACAGGAGGAAAAUGAGAAGAAACCACUUCCAAAUAUGGUUGGAAUUGGUCAAGAGCAUGCUUCUAUUUUGGCCUCAUAUUUCUCCCCCUCUCUUUUAAUUUCAUUUCUUCUUCAUGAGAACUUAAUUUGGUUUCCUGCCCCCAAAUAUACCUCCACCUUCUUCUUAUUUGUUUGUGGAGAGGUGAAAUUAAGGUGCAUCAAAGCAAUUGUUAUCUCACACUUUCCCAUCGCUCUCCUUAUUGCAAAAAGUAUUAUAUUUUGGGAAGUGGGUUUGUUAUGGAAGACCUCAGCAUUAUUUACCUGAGAUACUUGUACACCAGAAGCAAAUGUUAAAAACAAACAAACAAACAAACAAACAAACAAACAAACAAACAAACAAACUGUAACUUCACAACCUGAAUAUGUGAUUGAAUUCCACCAGAAAAUAGUGACAGUCUAGAAGUGCCAUGAAUACUACUGUUGAACUAAGUUGAACUUGUGUUUCAGUAAACGUACAUAGAAUUGCACUGUGAUCAUCAUACCAGUGAUUCCUAAAAAACUUCUGCUUAAGAGCCUUUUAAGUACCGUAUUUUUCGUUCCAUAGGACGCUCCGUCCCAUAGGACGUACCUACUUUUUUGGGGGGGGGAAAUAAAGGAAAAAAAUUUUUCCUUUUUUUCCCCCAAAACUCAGGUCGGGAACAGUGGGAUGGCGGCGCUGCGCCUCCCGGUGUCCCCCGAGCUUGUGGGGCUGGCCGAUGUCUGCCCGGCGUGAGGGGCGCUCUGCUUCAGGGCGCCCCACGCGCCGGGCGGCAGGCUGCAGACACCUGCGCGAAGCACGGGGCGUCCUCCGGAGGGCGCCCCGUGCUCCGCGCUGCAGACUGCCGCCCGCAAGCCUUGCGCUCCCGGGGGGAGAUCCCCCGGUGCGCAAGGCUUGUGGACACCUGCGCGAAGCACGGGACGUCCUCCGGAGGGUGCCCCGUGCUCCGCGCUGCAGACUGCCGCCCGCAAGCCUUGCGCUCCCGGGAGAUCCCCGGGUGCGCAAGGCUUGCGGACACUGCGCGAAGCACGGGACGUCCUCCGAGGGCGCCCCGUGCUCCACGCUGCAGGCUGCCGCCCGCAAGCCGUGCGCGCCCAGGGGAUCUCCCCGGGUGCGCAAGGCUUGCGGACACCUGCACGAAGCACGGGGCGUCCUCCGGAGGGCGCCCCGUGCUCCGCGCUGCAGACUGCCGCCCGCAAGCCUUGCGCUCCCGGGGAGAUCCCGGGUGCGCAAGGCUUGCGGACACCUGCGCGCAGCACGGGACGUCCUCCGGAGGGCGCCCCGUGCUCCGCGCUGCAGACUGCCGCCCGCAAGCCUUGCGCUCCCGGGAGAUCCCCGGUGCGCAAGGCUUGUGGACACCUGCGCGAGCACGGGACGUCCUCCGGAGGGUGCCCCGUGCUCCGCGCUGCAGACUGCCGCCCGCAAGCCUUGCGCUCCCGGGAGAUCCCCGGGUGCGCAAGGCUUGCGGACACCUGCGCGGGCACGGGACGUCCUCCGAGGGCGCCCCGUGCUCCGCGCUGCAGGCUGCCGCCCGCAGGCCGUGCGCGCCCAGGGGAUCUCCCGGGCGCGCAAGGCUUGCAGACACCUGCACGAGCACGGGGCGUCCUCCGGAGGGCGCCCCGUGCUCUGCGCUGCAGGCUGCCGCCCGCAAGCCUUGCGCUCCCGGGAGAUCCCGGGUGCGCAAGGCUUGCAGACACCUGCGCGAGCACGGGACGUCCUCCGAGGGCGCCCCGUGCUCCGCGCUGCAGAGCAGCCGCCCGCAAGCCUUGCGCUCCCGGGGAGAUCCCCGGGUGCGCAAGGCUGCGGACACCUGCGCGAAGCACGGGGCGUCCUCCGGAGGGCGCCCCGUGGUCCGCGCUGCAGGCUGCCGCCUGCAGCCUUGCGCUCCCGGCGGGAGAUUCCCGGGUGCGCAAGGCUUGCCGGCACCUGCGCGGGCACGGGGCGUCCUCCGAGGGCGCCCUGUGCUCCGCGCUGCAGGCUGCCGCCCGCAAGCCGGGCGCGCCCAGGGGAUCUCCCUGGGCGCGCAAGGCUUGCGGGCACCUGCGCGGAGCACGGGCAUCCUCCGGAGGGCGCCCGUGCUCCGCGCUGCAGGCUGCUGCCCGCAAGCCUUGAGUGCCCAGGGAACUCCCCGGGUGCGCAAGGCUUGCAGAUAGCUUCCUGGAGCCUGAAGAGCGAGAGGUGUCGGUGCGCACCGACGCCUCUCGCUCUCCAGGCUUCAGCGAAAGCCUGCAUUCGCUCCAUAGGACGCACACACAUUUCCCCUUCAUUUUUGGAGGGGAAAAAGUGCGUCCUAUGGAGCGAAAAAUACGGUACAUGGCUGUGGAUUCUGGGGAAGCAAUGAACUUAGAAACAAGUGUUUGCAGGUGAGGAGGGGGAAAUGACUGUCCAAACAUAGUUUUCUGGCCUCUAUAAGCACUUGGGAAAUGGCGUCUUCAUUUGCCACUUGUAAACCUGAGAGCCAGCAAAUAAGUAUUAAGGGUGGAGAUCAAACUAAGAAGGAAACUUCUUAGCUUGUGGAGUUUAAGUGAAACAUCAUAUUGGCACAGUAAGCCCAUAAAGCAGAGUGAGUGGGUGUUGCUGUUACAGCAGUAUCACUAGACACAACAGCACUAUUGUGAAAAGCUCUUGCAUAACAUGGGAUUAUAUGGAGAGGGCUAUAGGUGGCAGUGGGUCUGAUGCCUCUUCAUGGAGUCUUAAAAGGAUUUUGGCCAUUGGGAUUGUGGCUGAAUAGACAAAAACAGUCCCAUUUGACCUCUAUAGCUUUUACAUUAAUGAUUUCAAUCAGGGGUUUUUUCCAGUUGGAACUCACCAGAACUCCGUUCCAGCACUUCUCAGGUGGGUGUCAUUGGUAUUAUAAGAGAACAAGGGAGGUGUUCCUGAUGUGUUCUGGCACCUAUUUUUCUUGAAAAAUAGCGCUAGUUUCAAUGCAGAAAGCUUUGUAGUGCUAUGUAGCAGUGAGAAAGCAGGCAUUCUGAUUCACAGCCUAGUUAUGGAUGCAACUUGUCUUAGUCCUUCUUCAGUUCUAACUCCUCUGUUUUGUGAAAUGGGUUCCAUGUUUUCAAUAAAUCAAAUUGCUUCUUAGACCGUAUCCCACUGUUAAUGUCUUCUUUCCCCCUUUUUCUUUGUAUUGCAGUAUUCUGGAUUUCAUACAGAAAGAUCUGAAUCAGACCAUGAAAGCCAGUGGGGUGGCAGCCCACUGACCGACACUGCCUCUCCACAAUUGAUGGAUCCCAUUGAAAGGCCAAACUCUCAGCAUCACGAUGUCUCCUGUGCCUAUAGACAAUACUCAGACCGCAGUGCUCUCUGCUAUGGUUUUGCACUUGACCAUUCCAGGUUGGCUGAUGACAGACACUUCCACACUCAGGCCUGUGAAGGCAGCAGGUGUGAGGCUGGCCGAUACUUCCUUGGCACACCGCAGUCUGGGAGGGAAACAUGGUGGGGUACCCGAUCUGGCCUUCCCUUAACCAAAUCUUCUCCUGAGAGCAGAGAAGCCUAUGAAAACAGCAUGCCUCAUAUAACUUCCAUACACCGAAUUCACGGUAAGUGGUAAAUGUACUGGAUGGCAGGUUGUGGUAGCAACAUUGAGCCAGGGUUUGAAAGGCCUGCCUCGAAUGGUCUCAAGUUGACCAUUUACGGAGCUAACAAUGGAGUUAGGAGAUAUCUGUGGUCUGUUUGUUGACUAGCACCUUACCUGGAAGUAGGGAUGGGGGAGAAUUUCAGUUUGGGUCACAUUUAAAGGCGAAUCUAUCCAAUUCAGACAUUCCAAAACAGUGUGAGCACCAAAACACAGCCAUCCUUCAAAAUUCACACUUAUCCAAAUUUUAAGAUAAUUUCUGUACCACUUAAUAUAUAAAAAUAACUCUAAAUCGUGUGUAGAAAACUAAAGUAGCAGCAACAGGCAACUUAAACAACAAUCAAAUGUUGCAAAAAUACAGUUCCAUAAACAAAUAAUACAUUAAUGCAAAUUGUGAAUAAAUACAGACCUAAAUCAAUGUCUUCUCCGUCUAAUACACCUCCCUCUCAGCCUCCUGGCUCUCACCCAGAGCCCAAACAAACUCACCGCUCACCCUCAUAAUCUCACAAAAGAAGAAGAUUCUUGGAAACUAGAUAUUAGUGAGAAUGACAAACAAAAUACAUUAUAUUUGGAAAAAUUGAUUUUACCCAUCAAUAUUCAGGGCACUGGUGUGUGUGUGUGUGUGUGAGAGAGAGAGAGAGAGAGAGAGAGAGAGAGAGAGAGACAGACAGACAGACAGACAGACAGACACAGAUUUUUAAAAGGACCAUUUCAGCCAGUCAAUUGUUAUUAUUCUGCAUUAUCUGAAUCCCAAAUUGGGAUUCAAGGUGGCUUGCAACAUUUAAAACAACAUUAUAAAAUACAAUUAAUAAUUAAAAAAAAUGAUUGAAAUACAACAGAACACAUUUAACAUCAACAAAUUAUAUGGCUACUUGUAAGUUAAUUCUGCUUGCACAGUAGGACUUCCAAAAGUGUGACCAUGAUUGAAGUGUCAAGCAUCUUUAAAAUUAGGGAAUAUUUUUUCUAUUAAAAAUGAAGUUUUACACUCAUUGGCCAUAUUUUGACAAGUGGGGGCAUCCCCUGUCAAUCAUUUAAUACCAUAAUAUGGCAUCAGGUGGAUCUGAUCUUUGCAGAAAGCAAUGGAACUUGUAUUUGGUGCAAAAUUUAAUAGUGCUGAAUGCAAGCCAAUUAUAAUAAUAAAAAAGCCUUCCAAUACAGGGCUGCCUUCAGAUGUCUUCUAAAAGUUGUGUAAUUCUUUAUCUCCUUGACAUCUGAAGGGAGGGCGUUCCACAGGGAGGGUGCCACUACCAAGAAGAGUAUAACAAAAGAAUGACAAGGAGUCCACUCUAAACUGUGCAUUUUUUGUUGUUCUUUGGCAGCUGUGGCUUUACCUGUUCCACACCUGAUGUCAGGUGUAUGUGACAGGCGGGCAUGGCCAGCCAAAAAUCACUUUGUGGGACAAAUUGGGCAGCUGAUUUGGUGGGCCUAGAGUGACCCAUUAGCUGCAGGCUCCCCCCCCCCCCACUGCCCUAGAGUCUAAACCAGAAUUCCCCAACUUGGUGCGAUGUUGUGAACUACAAAUUCCACAAUCCCUGACCACUGGUCACACUGUCUGGGAUUGAAGGUUGCUAGAGCCUAAGAAGAUCUAGGUUGGCAAAGGCUGACUUGGACUGUGACAGGGGAGUUCUGUCAGUUGUGCCCUUCUGCUGAUACUUCAGUGUUGUGAACUGGUAACAAGGUCAGAGAAACAGGUGGUGGGGAGGCUUAAUUUCACCAUUUCAUGGUUGCAGAAGACUUGUAGUUAUUAUAAGAGUUAUAUUCCCACUGGGCGUGCAUAAGGUCUGAACGUUCUGCUGUUCUCUGACUGUGUACAGCCCGUUGCUGAUUGCUUCUCUCCUUUGUUUUACCCCACUUUCUAGGAAGAGGGCACUGGGAUGAAGAAAGCGUUGUCAGUUCCCCAGACCCUGGUUCUGCUAGUGAAUCAGGUGACCGAUACCACUCUGAGCAGUAUCAGGGCAGCCCACACGAGCCCAGCAAAAUUGAGACUCUCAUAAGAGCGACUCAGCAAAUGAUUAAAGAAGAAGAAAACAGGCUGCAGUUGCGGAAGUCGACUCCCGAUCAGCUGGUUUCCAUUAACGGAGCAGGGAAAAAGCACUCUGUUUGCUUUGCAAGCUACCACCACCACCAGCAACAACAGCUGAGAGGAGAUGCCUGCAGGGUCCCUAGUGUCACCAACACAUCUCCCUGCGAACACACGCAGCAACAAGAUGGGAAGAUGAUGAGCCCCCAUGACAAUGACUAUGACAACAGCCCCACGGCACUGUCUAGAAUAAGCAGCCCCAAUUCUGACCGAAUUUCUAAAUCCAGUUUGAUACUGGCUAAGGACUGCCUUCAGUCAGAAGUGUCGCCUCAUCAAACUCCGGGGGAUAGCUCAGCAGAAUCCCCAAACUAUUACAAUUCCCAUCGGCAGUACUUUGAUAAGCAUGCAUACACGCUAACAGGAUAUGCUCUGGAGCACCUUUACGACAGCGAAACCAUCAGGAACUAUUCUUUGGGUUGCAAUGGGUCACACUUUGAUGUGACGUCUCACCUACGGAUGCAGCAAGAUCCAGCACAGGGACAUAAGGGGACAUCUGUUAUAAUAACCAAUGGGAGCUGA